GGAAACAUGUUAAGUAGCUCCCUGACAAGUCGUUAACAUGUUAUCGGAAACAACAAAGUUUCAAAGGUGGAUUCGAAGGAACAAAGGGAGGAGAAAGUUUUCAAGUUGAUCCCACAUGUAUCUGCGUCAAGCGAGCAGGCCAUUUUUCUGAUAUUCAACCCCUCCUGAACGAUCCACUGUCAGCUUCCUAAGGACCAUGCAUGGUGUGCCACCACCAGGCGCAGGUCCGUGGUGAACGACUUACACUUGGCGGAAGGGAACAUUUCAUGACGGAGCAGCUUGGGUGGGCCGGAGCAUACGGAGGCAACUGGCUUCGUGUAAGCAUACAAAUGGGCUGGAGUCCCGCACAAUCGAGAAGUGAAGAAUAAACACCAGCCGGGAAGCCUCGGGAAGAUCCAUAAUCAUCAUGGAGAAAUUUCCUUCAGAGACACAGGCGGGCUUUGUGGGGCUCAAUAAUGCAAUGAGGAAGGGGUUCAACGGCACGAGGCUCGUGUCUGAUGGAUACACCGGAGAGAUCAUUGCAAAGUGCAGGAGUUUGGGUAGUCCAGCUAUUCCCGCCAUGAAGGAGUUGAUGGCAUCGUGGGAGAACCGUCCUCGAGCGAGGAUAUCAAGGCGAGUUGAUCAGUCGCAUUCUAUUGACCCUUGCGCGGGACCGGGCAGGGCAGUUCAACAGCAACCAAGUUCCUACAUACCUGUUUACAAGUCCUUGACCACCUUCCUUGGCGAGGAUCUCGGGUUUCUCCCCCAUACGCUGAGCCACGCGUUCUUCAGCGAAAUGAACAAACAUAUAGAUGACUUAUCCUUCAAGUCCCUCUGCAAGGCGCGGUGCCGCGGUGCCGCAUUUCAGUGCACGUUCCAACAGCCCUGUAUUGAUGGUUCCAUUGUUACCUACUGUGGAUCUCUUGACGAACCAUUCCAAAGAGAAUGAUUUAGUUGCAUCGGCUGGAAGUCGAGCGUGCAUGUUGACGCAUCUACUUCCGUUGUUUAUUCGCAGCUUGCUGGACCUCGGAUUGAAGG